AAAGUUCAGUUUGUUCUCUUCUACAUUUUUUUUUCAGUAAUACGUAGUGGAUUUUUGUACAUCUGAAGAAGUAUUGUUUGAAUUCAAGUGCAAACAAUGAAAUCCGACGACAAGAGUCAGCACGUCCUCCCGAACAGCCAACCGAUUGUUGAGCUGGAAUGUUCCACCGCCUUCAAAGCGCUGACCGAGAAAGAAAAGCUCUACGCGCAUUACUUCAGUCAGGCCUCAUGGGCGGGUGGGCUGGUUGCGCUGGUUCAAUCGAGCCCGGAAUCACCGUUGAUCUUCUCGCUGUUGCAUCGCAUUUUCCGGGCGGAACCCACGGAGGAGCUGAAGAAGAGUGCCCUGGAGGCCGGAGUCAGUGACGAUGAGUUUACGGCUUUUCUGGUGUAUGCGUGUGGUUUUCUGGCCAAUGCCGGAAACUACAAAGGAAUGGGCGAUAGCAAGAUUGUGCCCAACUUGGAGGAGGAUAAGUUUGAGAUGGUGGUAAAAAGUUCGAAGGCUUUUAAGACGGACGAAGCCAAGGUCGGAGGGCUUUGGGAGAAGACGAAGAAGUCGAUUUUUCUGUUGACAGAGCGAACGAAAACGUUGGGCUUGUGCGACCAGGGAAUAACAACGUACUUUUCGUCGAACGUAACCCGAGAGGAUACGGAAUUGAUCAGCGAAUGGAUGAAGGAGAACAAGUUCGAGGCGUACAUUUGCCGGACGUUCAAGUCGCUGGAAGACAAGAAGACCGUGUACAAUAUUAAGUUGGCUUCGGCAGAGGAAGGCGAGAAGGAAGGGUUGACGAAAGAACCGGUGGAAUACAAAGGCUGUGUGUUCAAAGUCACCCGUGGAGACUACAAAGAACUGAUGGGGAAAGUCGCAGGUCUCCUGCAGGAGGCCAACAAACAUUCGGCAAACGACAAUCAGAAGCAGAUGAUUGAGAACUAUGUUCAGAGCUUCACCGAGGGAAGUCUGGAUGCACACAAGACUGGUUCUCGCUACUGGAUCAAGGACAAGGGACCAGUCAUCGAAACCUACAUCGGAUUCAUCGAAACUUACAGGGAUCCCGUGGGUCAGCGAGGAGAAUUCGAAGGCUUUGUCGCCAUGGUCAACAAGGAAAUGUCGGCCAAGUUUGGAACGCUGGUUAGCAAUGCAGAGAAUUUCAUCAAAUACCUUCCAUGGGGAGAAGACUACGAAAAGGACAACUACCUGAAGCCGGACUUUACUUCGCUGGAUAUUCUGACCUUUGCCGGAUCUGGAGUUCCAUGUGGCAUCAACAUUCCAAAUUAUGAUGAAAUCCGCCAGGAUGAGGGCUUUAAGAACGUAUCCCUGGGAAACGUUCUGGCCAAUACGAACAAAACAGAUUCGAUCCCUUUCUUGUCGGAGGAGGAUCAAGCUUUGCUGAAACGCUACAAAGCUUCUGCCUUCGAAGUACAAGUUGGCCUACACGAACUGCUUGGUCAUGGUAGCGGAAAACUGCUACGUGUCAACGAAAAGGGUGAGUUCAACUUCGAUCGGGAGAAGGUCAAGAACCCACUGACCGGAGAAGCGGUCACCAGUUGGUAUGAACCAGGGGAAACGUACGACUCCAAGUUUAAAUCGCUCGGCUCGAGCUACGAAGAAUGCCGAGCGGAAGCCGUUGGCUUGUACCUAAGCUUGAAUCGGGACAUUUUGAAAAUCUUCGGACAUACCGAUGAUAAGGAAAUUGAGGACAUCAUCUACGUUAAUUGGCUUCUGCUGGUUUGGGGAGGCGUCGGAGUAGCGAUGGAACUGUACAACCCAACGCAGAAAGCUUGGCUCCAGGCUCACUACCAGGCUCGGUUCGUUAUUAUGAAGGUUCUGCUGGAAGCAGGCGAAGGCUUGGUGAGCGUGGAAGAAUCCGAACCCGGUAAGAACCUGCUCCUGAAGUUCGAUCGUUCCAAGAUCCAAACCGUAGGCAAGAAGGCGAUCGAGCAGUUCCUGCUGAAGUUGCAGUACUACAAGUCGACCGGCGACAUUGUCGGAGCCACAAAGAUGUACAACAACUAUUCGGAGGUCAGCGAGGAGGGACCGUAUCCGUGGGCCAAGUGGCGUGAUAUCGUCCUGCUGCACAAGAAGCCACGGUUGAUCUUUGUUCAGAGCAACACCGAACUGGACGCGAAUGGUUCCGUGCAGUUGAAGACGUACGAGUCGAACUUCGAGGGAUACAUCAAGUCCUGGACGGAUCGCUUCCCCGAUGUGGAGAUUGAUGAAGUGCUCGAGCGGAUCUACGAGCACGAUUUGCAGUAUUUCCAGGAUCUGGUCUGAGCGAGGUGGCACGAAAGAAAAUUUAUGCCUGUUUUGAAAUAUAAUCCUUUGUACGAUUUGCUGCU